AUGGGCUGCACGAGCAGUAGCGCUCGUCGUUCAGCGCUCUCACGACUAGACAAAGUCGGGGAGGCGACGCCUGCCUCGCCGUCGUCGUCAUUGUCAUCGUCAUCGUCACAUUCAGAAGCGCCCGUGAUACUCGAGUCCCCGACGUCGUCUACAAGCUAUCGCGAAAUGUCGUCCAAGACGUCCGCGCCCCGACCCGUACAGCCACCACGGCGCCGAUUGCACCGCCGUCGCCGACGAGAGCCGCACCUCGACCACCACCUCUCGGACCGAUUGGACCUCUUGGCUCGGUACCUGCAGAGAGCAUCGAAAUUCGACAAGCAGGAAGCCUUGUAUAUCCAGACACAGCAAGCCAUCGACGACCUGCUCGACAACAUUCACAGCUUUUUCAUUAUUUAUGAGGCCGAGAAGCGCCCUCUGUGGCGUCUCGUACAGACCGGUCGAGUGGUGCAGCAAGUCGAGAGUUUCCACCGAACGCUGGAUGCUAUCACGGCGAGAUGCGGCUUAGCAGUGGUUGCGCCCAGUGGGGCUGGUCCCUCUCUACCUCGCUGGCAGUCGCGUUGGCGCCGGAUGCGAGCGGAGCCGGACGAGUCGGAGUUACUCGAGCGUACUUUUGCGUUCGUGGUAAGUUGUUGCGGCAACAACACGAGCAUCGAUGCGAAAAUGAGUUUGAUGUCCCUGCCUGAGUGGUUUGUUGCUCCGUACGAAAGGACUAAGCAGCAGUUCAAAUGGCAGCGCGCAGCGGUCACCGUGCAGAAAGCACCUCGGGGUAUGACCUCACAAGAGUGCUUUGAACUGGCAAGCAAGUGGUCGCGCCUGCAGCACCCGCAUAUAAUGAAGCUGUUUGGCGCUUGCCACGUCAGCCGAAAGCGAUUUUUCGUGGUCGCCGUAGGAACGCCACUAACCCGCUGCUUCGGAGACACUGGAUUUCCCCUUUGGAGAGCACUGCACGAGGCUGCGCUAGCGCUGCGGUACCUUCACGAUCGGCGAGUUGGAUUGGAUUCGCUGUCAUGCAGCGAAUUAGUGUUAGUUCAGAGCGGCGGUCGCGAUGCCAUUAUGGUGGCUGGAUUCAAUCUCAGGCAGAUGAAAUCGGCAUUGGAAUCCUCUGCAGUCUUCGGUAGCAAGAAGCCUGUCAAGGAAGAGCAUGACGACCCUCUUCUCGAAGAUGAUGACAGCGAUGCUGGUUACAACGACGUUGACGUGAUUCGCCAAGGGAAAACAUCGCGAGCUGAUUCUUGCGUGACUAGAGAGAAGAAGCAUUGGCAGGCACCAGAGCUCUUGGAUAAGAGCUCUUCAGGUCCGACCGAAGCCUCCGACAUAUACGUGCUAGGAAUGUGUGUAGUGGAAGCGUUUUCGGCUGGAGAUAUCUGCAACAAUGGCAGCUUUCUAGACAGGGACUUCAUGCCAUCUAGGCCGUCGGCAUUAGCCGAUGCAUGGCAGUGGGCUUUGGUGGAACGGAUGUGCUCUCGCCACCCCAAGGAUCGGCCGUCACUAGCUGAAGUGCUGGCUAGCUUUCAAGUGUUCGCCGAGGACGAAGAGAAGGAGAACACAGAGUUUUCCUUCACCAAACGAAGAAAGAAAUCGCGUAACCCUUCACUGCGCCAACCACAGUCGCGAGCAACUUCAGCUUCCAUAGCGUGCGCUCUCAGUGAGGUUUACGCGUGGUGCGACGAAGCUUGCGAGAGCUCAGCUCUGAAUUACCAACUGUACGAGCGGAUGGACGACCUGGCAGCCCGGUUAGCAGUGAUGGACGCAGACGGUAUCGUUUCUCGCCUGCCCACGCUGGCAUCGUUGAUCCUUCGCUUUCGUGACAUGCUUCAACGGCAUGUCAACGAGAACCCGCUACUACGGCUGGCUGCAACACGCCAGAUCAUUGAAACGAAUCUGGAGCUCCACGGAGAACUCGAUGUCUUAAUGGAUCGGCUCAGGAUCAAUCGCUCGGGUGCUUCCAUUCAUUCAUGGACUUCCCAGCAGGCAUCGUAUCGUGAACAGCUUUGGAAGCGUGUGCGUCUUGCAUUCGCUAAGGAUGUUCAAACGCUGACUGGUAAAUUGGACGGCAAGCACGAGUUAUCACUGUUGGGAGCGUUGCUUGCUUUCGAAGUCAAGAAGCGCGAUGCGAGUUACUCGGCCCGCGACUUAGAGCUGCUGCAGACAACGCUCGUAAAAGUGGAGGAGACGCAUCAGACGAUGCUGGCUUUGCCACCUUGGUUCGUUCCGCCGUACGAGGUGGUAUUUAAUGAAUUGGAGGCGUUCAGCCGCGGAGCGUUUGGCUCUGUGCUCUUUGGAAAGUGGAAGAGCGUGGACGUGGUGAUCAAGAAGGUGCUCACGCCGGAAGAGCCUGGGGUGGUGAUCCCGCUGCGUAGUCGAAACACCACGGAGCCGACCUUGAAUUUGUACAAGCGGUUCCUGGAUGAUAUGUCAACUUGGUCUACACUUGAGCACACACAUGUGCUUCAGCUUUUCGGCGCUUGCCAUGUUGGACCACACCAGUUCUUCCUGUGCGAGUAUGCAGCGCAGGGUUCGAUCGAUAGCUAUAUUUCGUCACAACCAGCUGAAGAACGCGGUUUUUGCGCUCGACGGAUGUUGCGUGAUGCCGCACUUGGGCUGCUCUAUUUGCACCAACGCAAUGUCGUGCAUGCGGAUCUGAGAUGCAGCAACAUACUCGUGGACGCUAACGGCGUCGUCAAGCUUGCAGACUUCGUAUCCAGCGCCCUCAAGGAUAGAGAGCGACAGGACGCCACUGCCGUCGGCAAUGACAACAUCGUAGGAGACGGACAACGAUGGCUGGCACCUGAGUGCCUAACCGGAGAAGCACCGACCGCUGCAUCCAACGUGUACUCGUUUGCAAUGUGCGCUAUCGAAGUCAUGAGCGGCGAGCUGCCAUGGGGCUGCGAGAUGACUGACGCUACGAUUCGCGCUAAAGUUCGUAAGGGAUUGCUGCCUCCGCGCCCUGCUAAUUGUUUUUCGGAUUCUGAGUGGAAUCUCAUCCAGCGCAUGUGCUGUCACGACCCAGCAGAGCGAAUCAGUAUGGACGACGUAGUUAAACUCCUAACAUGA